AAUUACAAUCAGUGCCGUCUUUGUGCUAUAGUUUCUACCUUAUUUCGCAGUGUAUCUUUAAUUCGUUAAUUAAAGUUUGAGCUAUUAUUUGGUAUGUUAAAAUUGUCAUUAAUUGUUUUCAAGUUUAAAAUAUUAAACAUUAUAUAAUCCAUCUAGAACAUGAAGUCCAGACAGGUAUAUUUCUGCCUUAGAGUUUACAGGCAGCAUGCUUUUAAAUUUGUAGGACAAGAGUUUGAUCUGCUUAUAGAUGAUAAUACGCAGUUAACAGAUAAAUUUGACCAGCUCUUGAGCCAGAAAUGAUAAUUCGAUAUGCUUUUUUUAUAAGGGGUAUGGUGCUACUGAAAAAUUCCUCGGAAAUGUUAUUAAAAAACCUAAUUACUUUUUGUUUGAUCUGACAUAUCUACCAAUUUUUAACGUGUCCUAGUUGUGAAAACUGAUCAUUCGUCCAACUUUGAAACAUUAUCGAUUUCAUAGAUACUAUUUUUAGUUAAACGAGUAAAUGAUGUUAUACAUGCAUAUAUAUGCAUAACAUCAAUUACACAGCAUUACAAUAUAUAUAAACAACUAAUUCCAGUCAAUGAGUUUCGACUUCAGUGCAACCCUAAAGGAUUCCGACGGAAAUGUUACUUGGGCUAGACCGGAUCUUCCUCAAAAAUGUACUUUCGAGUUAGGAAAUUCUUUGAAAGAUUCUCCACAUAUUCAUAAAAAAUGUGAAAGAAAUAUCAAGAUUCUCCCAAACAUUUUGAAUGCUAUCGGGAAUACGCCGCUCGUAAAGGUCAACUCAAUAGGAAACAGUUUGGGCAUUCAAUGCGAUUUGCUUGCCAAAUGUGAAUUUUUCAACGCUGGAGGGUCGGUCAAGGACAGAAUUGCUUUAAGAAUGAUACAAGAUGCUGAAGCAAAGUGUAGGAUAAAGCCCGGUGAUACGCUUAUCGAGGCGACUUCCGGUAACACCGGAAUUGGAUUAGCUUUGGCUUGUGCUGUAAAGGGCUACAGAUGUGUUAUUGUUAUGCCGGAGAAGAUGAGCAUGGAGAAGGUGAACGUGUUAAGAGCCUUGGGUGCUGAAAUCGUCAGAACCCCGACAUCAGCUUCAUUUGAUUCUCCUGAAUCACAUGUAAGCGUUGCGAAAAAGUUGUUAGAUGAGAUCCCGAACAGCCAUAUAUUGGAUCAAUACAGAAAUGAAAGUAAUCCUCUGGCGCAUUUCGAUGGAACAGCACAAGAGAUAUUGGAUGCUUGCGAUAACAAGGUCGACCUAGUGGUUUGUGGCGCUGGAACUGGGGGACAAAUUACUGGAAUUUGUCGAAAAAUUAAAAUGGUUUGUCCUAAUGCGAAGGUGGUUGGUGUUGAUCCAUUUGGAUCGAUUCUUGCUGAACCUGAAGAACUGAACAAGACAGAAAUAACUGGGUACGAAAUAGAGGGUAUAGGAUAUGAUUUCAUUCCAACGGUUUUGGAUCGUUCUUUGGUUGAUAAGUGGUACAAAUCUGUGGAUAAAGAAUCUUUCCUUAUGUGUCGCCGAUUGAUUAAAGAGGAGGGAUUAUUAUGCGGUGGUAGCUCAGGCGCCAUAAUGGCUUCUGCUCUUAAAGCUAUUCAACAUUACAAAUUGGGGAAAGGCCAAAGAUGCGUAGUUAUUUUACCUGAUUCAUUGCGUAAUUACAUGUCCAAGUUUUUGGCUGACGAAUGGAUGGCGGAAAGAGGUUUUAUUGAGGAACAAUUAGAAGAUGACGCAAAGAAAUCCUGGUGGGCUGAUCUAAAAGUAACUCAAUUAAAUUUAGAUGCGGCUGUCACGGUUCACCCGGACGUGUCAUUGGAAGAAACAUUACAAAUCCUAAACAGAGACGGCUUUGACCAAAUGCCUGUUGUUGAUGAUGCUGGAGAGGUUAUGGGAAUGGUAACACUUGGCCACAUCCAUUCUUUAAUGGUAAAGGGGAAAGUUAAGGCUAGCGAACCCGUUCACAAAGCUCUAUUCAGGCAAUUUAAGACGAUCAAUAUCAGUUCUUCUCUUUACAAUCUUUCUAGAAUGCUGGACACGGAUCAUUUCGUCGUUGUUGUUCACGAUCAACGCUUUUAUAAAUCAUGCGGAAGCCAAGUUAAGAAAUCAAUGAUCUAUGGAAUAGCAACUCGUAUCGAUUUACUUAAUUUCAUCCUGAGCGGACAAAAAAAUGUCUAA